CACUUUUUAUGUAGGAGCUGCAGCAGGAGGAGGUACAUCUAGCAUCAAAACAACAAGUGAAUCACCAGCAGCAUCUGAAUCACCAGGAGCAGCAGGAGCACUAGCGGCCAACUCCAAUUCCUCUACCAAAGUGAGCUCUGUCGCAGCCGACCAGCAAGUAACAAGUAGUGAAGAAGAACUCCUUAUGAGGGCAGCUGCGGGCUUCGCGCGACACGAUGGGGCUAAAGAGACCAAAAACGUCAGUAGGCCAAGGCGUGAUCCUAGAGAUGGGAAGUUGUACAGUAGUUUUGAGGAAUUCAGCAUCUCUUUGGCAGCGAGUGAAUUAGGGAGUUUGAUGAACGUCUUAGAAUAUUGGACGAGAGCCAUGCAAGUGGAUGGGGUAGAGUCUUCUUCGUCGCCAUCUUCUUUGCCACCACAACAUGGUGGAACGAGUGUGCUGAAAAAAGUGUCGAAAAAAGGAAGCGACAAGGAUACAACGAGAGGAAGAUUGUCAACAGCAUCCUCGUCCUCCGAUACAAAAGCAAAGCUACUACGUGGUCCUUCUCAAACCAAGUAUAACACUAGAAGUGGUAUUUUGCAUUUGAAUGAAGCAAGGAUCCAUGGAGAUAGUUCGUUCCUUGUUGGAGCAGAUACGAGUUCUAUGUUUGCUACUCCUGAAAUACUGUCCGGUGCGGAUAUUGGAGAACCAGGGAUGCCAGUGCUCGGAACAAAAGGUAGUGGAAGUGGCGCGGGGAGCAUUAUGCUACACAAGGAAACUUACCUACAGUCAGUAGUAGAAAUCUUGCUGACCUUAGAUAGUGUUCGGUAUUAGGAAGCACAACUGGUGUUGCAGUUCUUUAAUGGUGGUUGUAUUUUCGUUUUUCAUAGUAUCCAUCCACGAUGAAUAAUGUUCUUGAGACUCUUCUUGUUCUUCAGUAAUAUUUUUACAACCACUGACUUCGACUAGUACCUUCUGGUUCUAAUCACGACGUCGCUGAACAAGUCCUCUACCUUCCGCCUGUGGUCUUUGAUAAGGCUGGUCCACCUGAAAUGCAGGCCCGUUUGAACCUCGUGUCUGGUAUGUAUAAUAGUGGUUCUUCCUCUGACCCCGAUCAAAUGUGGACUACGACAACAGAGGAAGAAAUGACUGGAGGUGGCGCUCAAGCUAAGGCUUUCAACCAUCAGAGAGCUUUGACGAUGGAGGAGAAGCAAAAGGCAGAAAGUUCCUCUCCUGGCGAACACGAAGAAACGAACCUAGUAGACGCGAGAAGUAGAGCUAAUAGUUCUAAGUUUUCAGCUUUUAGUGCUGGCAGUUUCGUGGAUCUGACGGAGGAAGGCGUCACAGAGCCAGAACUACGGGAGGAAAAAGAACUCAAAGACACAACGCGACCGCCUAGUGGGCCUUCAGCAGGUGGAGGUAGAGACACGACCCGACCUACUAACGGGCAUUCAUCAGGGGGAGGUGGAGGAGCUUAUUUGUUUUUACCAGCAGAAAGUGAAGAUGAAGACUUCUCCGAGACUGUCUUUUAUCCAGACGAAAUGUUGGAUGAAGGAGAGAUAGAGGUGCCAGGAGUAGCGUAUCAACUGGACGAGUCGCCACCUAUCGUCGUCACCACUCAGCGUAGUAGAGUGCAAAAGGUAGCUAGAAUUGCUGCUCAGGUGGCGGAAGGAGAGGAGGAAAAGGGUAUUUUUGAAGAAGCCAACAGAGAAGAUGUCGAAGUACUGGAAGGCAAAAAAGUUGUACAACUACAAGGCGGAAAGCUUCAAUUGGUACCAGAUACGUCGAGCAGGAUCAUGGACAAGGAUAAGGAAGCUUUUUCCUCGUCUAGAACAGCAUCGCCCGAGACAGAUCAUGGCUACGCUACGCAGAAGAAAAUGAGCACCACAUCUAUACUCUCUACCUCGACCACUGGUCCUCCUGGCGACUCCAAUCCCACGUCUUCUCGCACAAAUGCGAAGGGCAAAGUAGUGCUUCCUAGUCGAAAAAGGAGGACGUCCUCAGUCCAUACUGCAACGAGCGCAGUGGUAGAGCAAGGGGAAGUAGAGCCAGAUCAUCCGUAUCAUCCUUCACCAUCGCCACAUCAUGGUCGAGCACGGCCAAUUUUCUCUUUCUCUGACUCUAGUGGAAUAGGGCUGGGUGUCGUGGUGGGAGUUGAUCCACCUGCUAGUGCAACUGUUGUUCUUGGCGUUGGCGAGAAAGUAGAACCUCCUGGUGUAGGGCCGGUGGGUACUAGCUCGUCUUCUCCGGAGGAGGACGAAAAUCCUGGAGGUUUAUCACUAAAACGGAAGAAAGUAAUGCCCAUUACUGCUGCUGCUGCACCUGUUCCUGCCGUAGCGGUUGUUCUUGGUAGUACAACUACGACAACAAGUCAACAAGAAGAGUAUCAUCUUCUUCCUGAGGAGCUAACGCAAGUGGAACAUUGUAAAGAAGAGGAUGACCAUCUCCCUGCGCUCAUAAGCAGUUUUCGACCUGAAGCUCGGAGUCGAGGAGCGUCUUCCAAUUUUCUCUUAUCUCCGACUGGCGCUUCUACCUCUGAUGGUGCGUCGUCUCUAGAAGUGCGCCGUUCUGUUUUUCACGACAUGCUAGCAGAAGCCUCAGAGGCAAAUCAGUUGCUUAGAAGUUGCAUAAGUGCUACUUCGAGAGGUAGAGGGAAAAAUGUUGACACCAGUAAAGGGAGCAAUAUUUUUGAUAACAGGGAUAGAACUAGAAGUCGGAGUCGUGGAGGUGGUGGUGAGCAUACAAGAACAACUAAAGAUGAUCAUGAUGAUCGUGGACCAGGAGGAUUACAAGUACAACAAGAGAAUACAAAAACUCGAAGUUCAUCUUCUCGUUCUCGAGAAAGGAAUAUUUUUAGUAAGAGCACCGAUCGGAGUGGCCGUUGUCUAUCCAAUUCUGGAACGCCACACUCGCUAGGUGGACAGGACGGAUGGGGAGCGAGGCCUGAACAGGUACUCUUCUAUGUAAAUCUAAAUGUAAGUUGUAGACUACUUAUUUAGUUCUUUGACGUCAUGUUCUUGGUUGUCUUAAAUAUGUAGCUAGAGUUGUAGAGUAUUUUCAGUGGUUUUUUUCCUCAUCUUCUUCUGUCAUCAUUUCCAAUUUAACUUAACAAGUAACAGAGCGGUUUUGGCAGUGGCGCUGCCAGAUUUUCCGAUGAAAAGCGAAAGAGGCUUCUCCAAUAUCAUCACGGUCGAGAGAGAGCCACGUCCACGUCAACAGCUACUAGUUCGCCUCGCUAUGUAAGGGAUCAUCAGAAGAAGGGAGAUGAAAAACGGGGAGACUUGAUAAGGAGCAUCUUAGGGGCAGGAGGAUCAGGAGCGGGCUCUUGCUCUUCAAGAAAUACAACUACUGCGAAUCAUGGGAACAUCAAGAUGAAUAUCAAUAAUAUGAUCACUGGCUCUUGUAGAGAAAUGCUUGUCGCUGAGACAAUGAGAAAUCAUAUGUUGAACCGUAAUCAUAUUCUACUGCAUGGACGAGGGGGACCUUCAUCCUCUCGUUGUCGUCCUCGUAGCACGUCCAACACAACAGCUGCAACCACAACACCUGCGACCACCACUGCCACCACUACGAACCUGAAGAGAGCAACUACGGACAACGAAAUUGAAGAUAGACAGCUACUUCCGCCGUAUCAGUUAGUCUCUGCCUGUCCAAGUCCUUUGGACACGCCAGGUAGUGCGGAAACUGGUACCAGCCGUCUUUUAGUGAUGGGUCCGGAUCUCCUCGAUUGUUUGCGAGCGAGGACACCCGUGACGCCGAUGAAUGUGGAUCCUGCGGUGGGAUCUGCAAGAAAUAAUGGACACAUUACAAGAAAUAGUGGACACACUAAGAGAGGAGGACAGAAGUUAAGAGUGGUGGAUGAUCAUUAUUUUUCUGUUUCUCAUAUUGCAAUUAAUCAGCCGGAUUUCAUUUUUUAAAUGUAUUUUUGUAUCCUAGAAAGAAGUGCUCCACCGGCAUUAUCUAAGGUUCACAAGCUUAAUAUAGCUUAUUGAUUGACGAAAGUUUCUACAACAAGCAGGAGCCUCUGUCUCAGUGGUCUCCAGUUCGAGCUUUUCGAGUCCUUCCACCCUGACAUGUGAAGAUUAGCAGGGUUCCUAAGAACUAAGACUAUCGUCCGUUUCUGUUGAAAGUGAAACAUUUAUCCUGCUUACCAUGUCCCUGUCGUGCCUGUAGUCUGCUCUAACAAGUUCUCAAGGAGAAAACAACAAGAAAUCCAUAGUACCGGAUCGCGACUUGUUGGAGUGCCCGCAGACGGUGAAGUAUUCAAAGACGGCCAGCAUGUACGCGAAGGAGAUCCAGAAAAGGAAGAGCCUCUUGUCGGAAUAUAAGAAAAAAGUCGGGAGAUGAUCCGCAGAUUUGCAUUCUACUUCAAGGAAAAAAUUGGAAUUGCAAUUAUUUCUAUUUCAGGAUCAACAGAGAUACGUCGGAAAAAUAAUCCAGUUUUUGAUCAUGUUGUGUAUGUGCAGUAAGCAUUUUCGUCAUCGUCGUAUUCGUAUUGAGUCAUGAACACCACACUAGCAUUUUUUUCUGUUUCUUAGGCCUAAGUUUCGAUCGGCGUCAAUCAAAUGAACUCAUGAACCUGUUGAAUAAGGGUUGAGUGCGAGACAGAAACACCAUGGAUAGAGCUAUAUUUCAAGUUAUCACUCAGAUUCACGACCUACAGAGGCGCCACGGGGUUUCAAGGACAGAAGUAUGACGUUUCGCUUUUCCCAUACAGUAACGAUGAAAUUAGUAGAUGAGCCUAAGAACAACGCUCACAACGUGGAACGACCAUACCGAUAUCAGGACAAAUUAUAGUCAAUUCGGAACACCAGAUGAUACACUUCGGAAUCAGUGAAGACAAAGACUUAGAAUUUCGUUUUUACUAGACAGAAAUCAAACCUAAACGAACCGUUAUCGUUGUUGAGCACCCUCUAUCACUUAAUGUGAGUGAGAAUGUAUGCUAUAACUCACAGACGCAUUCAAUUGAAAAACGUGAAGACAAUGAAGGGGAAGACGAUCCUACUACACACGUCGUGAAUGUAAAAUUGUUAAUGUGCAUAGAAAAAGUGAUUAAUUUGCGACCAAUUCUUUCGUUUGAUUUGACGUUGACAAGCUGGCAUAUACCUAACACAAAAAUGAAGAGCAAUAGUAAGUUCUUUGCUCCAUGAAUGUAUGAGCUGCCCCUCAUGCCGCGACCAUGAUGGGCUUUGAUUUGAAUGCACUCGUCAUCUCCAUUAUAUGCCAUUUGUUUGCAGCUCCCAUAGACAACAUGCAACAAAAGCUGCCUUCAGGCAUGAGCGGAGAGUCCAUGGUGUGCUAAUCAUGCAGUUCCUGCGCUGGUACCGAGC